UCUCCAGAGUGACAGAAUCUUUCUAAGCUUCAAAGCGUCUCAAUAUGAGCAGUCGGAAUUGUGUACAAGCUGCGUAGACAAACUGGACCAUGUGACAACAAGCGGCCUUGAGAGCAGUCCGUGUGUAAUGACAAAUGUGUAGACUUGUAAAGUCGAAGUGCUAGAUCUCAGAAUAUAUAACGUCAAAGACGUGAACAGUCUGACAAAAGAAACUGAUAUUUUAAACUAUGAUGCUUGAAUUAUGACAUACACGAUUGAUGAAUUUUAUACGUUUAUUAUUGUGGUUGUUUAUAUCUCUGUGAGUGUUAAAAACUAUUGCAUAGUACAAAGUGUAAAUUUUGUUAUUAAUUCAAUGCCUUACGUUGUGAACAACGUUAAGAUAGGAUCCUGAGUGUUCCUCGUUACUCCACUUGUGCGACAUUUGGUUCCAGAAUGUUUCCUGUCGAUCGAUAGUUUACCAAUCAAUUUGAAGCAUGACCGACUCGACACAGCAUAGAGGUAUUCCCUCGAACCUCACGCGACCAAAGUCCCUGAUUCCCCUAACAGCCUUCAGUGUUCAGGUGAUGCAGCCAGCAGUUCGUCGAGAGUUCAUGUCAGAAUAGUGCUAUAACACGUAAUCUACUGGAUAAAUCCGGAGAAAUCCGCUUGUAAGUUGGGACUGGAUACCGCGUGUUGUACUGUUAGCCAAGGCAAACAGCAGAUAUCCUGCGAUUGUACCUCCUCUGGCUCGUCAGUUGGGGCCCGACCUUCGGACAGCAACCAUGACGACUAUAGACGCUGAUGGUGACAUCUAUGAGUUCCCGUAUAUCAGACCUGAGAAGCUGGGAUGGGUCGACAGCUGGAAGAGGGAAAUUUGGAACCCAGACACGCGCCAGUUUUUUGGUAGGACUGGGAAAAGCUGGGGAGGAGUCUUAAUUUUUUAUGUGACCUUCUUCGGUGCACUGGCGGCAAUGUUUGCUAUCUGCAUGCAAGGCUUGUUUUGGGUCAUAGAUGACAAACGACCCAGAUACAUAUUGGACGACAGUCUUAUUGGUUCAAAUCCAGGUCUUGGAUUCCGGCCUAUCUCAUACGAAGCAUCCAGCGGAGCUCUGAUUUGGUACCGAGCUGCAAACGAAAGUGACUACAGACACUGGACUGAUCAAUUAGACAAAUUUCUAGAGCCUUACCGCAUGCCGCAGAAACUCCCUGGAGGAGGAAAGAAUCAGCAAGUAUGUGAUUUUGAUCGACCUCCCCAGGAGGGUAUGGUGUGUGAAGUCAACGUGAAGAAGUUUCAACCCUGCACUAGGGAGAUGGGAUAUGGUUUCAACAGGUCAUCUCCGUGUAUCUUCAUCAAACUUAACAAAAUCUAUGAUUGGAUGCCAGAGUUCUAUGAGAAGAAUAAACUACCUGAAGACAUGCCUGAUGAUCUGAAGACCCACAUACUUAAAACAAAUCCUAAAGAAAUGAACCAGGUAUGGGUAAGCUGUAGAGGAGAGAGCCCAGCUGAUAGAGAGAACAUAGGCCCUAUCAGCUAUAUACCUAAUCAAGGAUUUCCUGGUUACUAUUAUCCUUACAAAAAUGUAGAUGGAUAUCUGAGUCCUCUUAUUGCAGUACAUCUGGCAAGGCCACAAUUAAAUACUCUCAUAAAUAUAGAAUGCAGAGCAUGGGCCAAAAAUAUAGCAUAUUUGUACUCGCAUGGCGACAGGGAAGGUUCUGUUCAUUUUGAAGUAAUGAUCGACUAAUCAUCACAGCACAUACCAAUCACAGCUUGCUGUGCAUCACAGUAGCAUGCUGCUAAAGCAUUACACACUGGAGUUAAAGUUCGGCCAGCAGUGUCAGAGGUUUGAAUGCCAAAUUUCUGUACAGUGAAGGUUAAUAUCCUCCCAAUUACACACACAUAAUAACACAUGAAUAAAUAAUUAUUUAACUACAUAGAACAGAAUCCUGAUUGAGAAGAUGAUAGUUGCUCAUCUAGUUAAAAAAUGUCCUGCCUUGUAUAGAAUCCAAAGGUUCAGUACUGUGUUCAUGACAGUUCCUAUCCUGAGCCACAUGAAUCCAGUUCAUACCCUCCUACACUUUUCCCUAAAGAUCAAUUUUAAUAUUAUCCUCUCAUCUGUGUUAAGGUCUUCUGAAUGGUUGUCCACAUUUAUGACCCUUGUGUCUGCUACAUAUCCCAUUCAUCUCAUCUUCCUAGAUUUUAUCGUGCUAAAACACUGAUGUAGAGUACAAUUUAUGAAGCUCUUUACCAUCCAGUUUUUUAUGUUUUCCUGUUAUUUAAUCCUCCUUAGGUUCAAACAUUGUCUUCAGCGCCCUGUUCUAAAACACCCUCAAUCUGUGUCUUCUCUUAAUGUAUGAGACCAAGUUUCACACAGAUACAGAAUUAUAUUCAGACAUACAGCAGAAUUAAGGACAUGUUCUGUCAAAAUAAGAAUGGAGCUACAAAAAUGUAACACCUGAACCUAUAAAAUAUUCUACAAAGUAUUUAUCUCCAUAGAACAGAGAAGCUGAUGUUACGCUGAGCAAGUCAAGAAAUUCCCCAUCUUUUAUGGAAGCAGGUUUAUUUCUGUAUUCACAAGAGCCCACACUGUCCUAAGCCACAUUUAUUCAGUCCACACCCUCAAACCAUAUUUCCGUAAGAUCCAUUUUAAUGUUAUCUUCCCACCUACACCUAGGUUUUGUAUGGCUAUGAAACCUGGUCUCUCUCAUAAAAGGAUAUCAUAACAGGGUGCUUAGAGGAAUAUUUUGACCCAAGGAUGACGUGAUAAGAGGGUGAGAAAAACGUAUGAUGAACUCCAAAUUUUGUACUCACCAGAUGUUAUUAGCAUAAUCAGAUCAAGAAGGGUGAGAUGGUUAGCAUACAAAGCAUGCAGUCAUGAAUUCCUUCUGUGACCUUGAAGCAUGCAAUUGGACGAUGGCUGCUAUAGGGGCAUUUUGCUUUUUUAAACAAAGUAAAGAAUUAAUGGAAUACUAUAUUUUUAAACUCUGUAAUUAUAUGGUUAUGAUACCCAAAAUGCUUCUUUAAUACCUGUUAUUGACCUUUCUUCACUAGCUGCGUAGCUAUUAGUUUCUCAAGGAUUUUUCUCUGUGGGGUUAGUUAAUAUUGUUAACUGGUUUGUGUCGAUAGAUUAUUAAUGUAGAGUAGUCGGCAACCCCUUGAAAAGUUCUUAUGUAGUCCAUCACAUGGUUUGGGAAUUAGCCAGUGCGAGAAGGGCAGAAACUUAUUGCUACUGAGGAGAACAAUUAUAUGAAUAUAUACACAUUAUGUAAGGCUAAACAAUAUUUUAACGAAAUUAAUAAAAAUAAGACAUUUAAGAAAACGAGAUGAAUGUGAUAUUAAUAACUGAAGUUUUAUAAUAUUAACAAAAGCUUAUAUUGAAAAAUGCCUUAGAGCUAACAAUUAACACCUUUACAAUAAAUUUUUAAGUGUCUCCUUUUGAUUGUGAUACUAUUUCAAAAAUUUACCUUAUACUUUAUAAUGUCAUGUCACUGUUAAUAAUACUUUGCCUACAAUCAAUACUACUACUAAAAAACAAAAAUACAGAAAAUACAAAUACAAAGAAAGGGAAAGGUAUAGGCGAAGACCAAAUAUUUAAAGAACAAUGGACAAAGAAGUACUUCUUCACCUAUUACAGUGGUAAGUCCACCUAUCUUACUUGCAUGUCAGUUCUCAAAGAGUACAAUUUGAAACAUAACUAAAAACAAAACACAAAAGGCAUGAUGGCUGCUUUACUGGCCAGCUACAAAUGAAAAAAUCAACUCACUGAAAUUGUCUUUAUGUAAUUAGUGUUCUGAAAAUAUUGUAAUAAUAUAUAUUGCAAAUAUACUGCAAUGAAACUAAAGCUGAGGUCCAUACCAGUUGACAAGUGGAUGAACAGUUAGCUAAAGGAGGAACACCUCUUGAAAACUCUGAAUUUGUUAAAUUGUGCAUCAUGCGAACUGUUGAAGAUCUCGGUACAGAGAAAAUUAAGCUAUUUCAAGGCUUCAGUCUCUUAGUGUGUACAGUGACAUGAGAAAUAAAGUGUAUGGACCAAUUUACAUGUCCACUUGAAAGAAAAUUAAAGUCAUUUCUUUACUGUUCUCUACAUUUGGAUUAAAGUAAUGAUGUCUCAGAUGCUGCUCAACACUUGAUAUUCAUAUGUGGAAUAUGAAAAUUUUUCUCAUCGUGAAGAACUUACAUUCAAUAAAGUGACAAUUCACUAGGACUGAAAUAAGUAUAAUGAUAGACAGUGCGAAGAACAUUUGUGGUUAUAAAAUUGGUGCUGUUGCCAACAUUAUCAGUGAAGUGAUACAAGAGAACUAUGUGCCUAUGUAGUUCAUCAGCAAGUCCUCUGUAGUAAAGUUCUGAAUUGGAAUUCUAUCAUGGAGGUUGUAAUUUCUACCACCGGCUUCUUAAGAAGGCUUGGUUUGAAUCAUCAGCAGUUCAAACAUUUUUUGGAGGAAACUGAUGUACUUUAUUACUUUAUUAGUGAUGUACUUUGUUACAAUGAAGUAAGGUGGCUUAACAGAGGCAAUGUGCUAAAAAUUAUUUUUUGAACAGAAAUUGAGAUAUUCAUGAAUAAGAAGAGAAAAAAAGUACCUCAACUAUCAGAUGCAGAAUUCUUGAUCCGUAAUUAUUGCAUCGUUAUAACAUCUUUUCAGAAUGAGUUUAACAUGAAGCUUCAGGGAAAAGGAAAAAUCAUUGCUGAUGUAUUUUCAGAUAUUAUAGCUUUUGACAUGAAAUUAAAAUUAAUAAACAUGUUGAAGAGUGAACUUGACCCACUUCCCUUCCUUUAAAAGUAUUUUCAAAUCAUCUGGAGAAAAUGUUCAGAAAUUAUUCAAGUGUUCCCAAACAAAUUCUCAGCAAGAUUCAAUGACUUUCCAGUGAAAUUCUGUUUUUUCCUAACCCCGUUCGAAGUAGACUUCAAAUGGAAGUAACAGAACUACUAACUAAUAACUCAUUGAAAAAUUACUUUGAAACCCCAGACCUGAAGAUAUUUUAUUCUGAAGUUCCUUCUGAAAUCUUUACAAAAAUAAGGAAAUUCACAACAGUGUUUGCAAGCACUUAUAUUUAUGAGCAAGACAUUCUCUUUUUUUAAUUUUUUAAAAAAACAAGUUUUGUUCCAAUGAAUGAACAUGUGACAGCAGCAACUAAGGUUUGCCACAAUGAACACAACCAAACAUCUGCAAACUUUCAGAAGACAUUGUACAAAAAUCACAGUAAACAUUUGCUCCUUCUUAGUUUUGAAUGUUAGAAACUGCUCCAUUUUCAAUUAGUGUUCUGAAAAUAUUGUGAAAUAAAAAAAUGCCUAAAUUGUUGUAGGAUUCCUUGUUUGAUAUAAUUUAAUGAUAUUACUGUACACAUUGUGUAUUUUUGUGGAACUUUCAAGUUUUUCUUCAUUUGGAGGUCUAUGUAUGUUUAGAAAUAGUAAUAACAUGACUUUUGUUAAAGAACAAAUAUAAGGAAAAUAUUUGUAAGUAUAUUGUGAUUUUAAAUAUGCUGCACAGCUAUACUCGUGUAAGUUACAGUUUUGUUUAGUGUCUACAAUAUUAUGAAUUUUUUCUGUGCUCUCAAAAAAAAAUAGCCAAUGCGGCCCACACUAAUGAAAACGUUGCUGACUCCUGAUGUAGAGGGUAAUUUUGUGCAUGAUACUGACAUUUAUCACAGAUAAAUAAUUACUGGAAAUUUAUCACUACAAGUUUCUAUAGCUUCAUGAUUCAGAGUGCACUUAAAAUAACGUUACCUUCACUUGUUCUUCUUUCAAGUUUGUUACAUUCCAUCAUAAAGAUUGGGCUCUACAGUGCCAGAUAUAAUUUUGGGAUAAAUGUUAUAUUUAUUAUCUGUAGCAACAGUUUUAUUGGAGCUAACUUUCUCACUCAGAACAGAACAAGUGAAUGCAGUACUAAUAUGGAGGUGUGAAGAACAGAGAUAAACAUGUUUAUUGAUUAUAGCCUGAAAAAUGGAUUUGAAGUGUGUAUGUCGAAAGCAUCACAUUGAACAUAAUCUUAAGAAAAAUCCAAAUUACUGGUUAACCUCAUUUUUCAUAGUGGUAUUAAACAUUACAUUAGAUGGCUACAUUGCCAUGAUUUGGUUACCAUGGCCAUGUUUAUAAAAUGUGGCACAACUCAUGAAAGUGAGAUUGGCAUUAAAGUAGGAAGGGGUUACGAGACACAUCACCAGCAUACUUCUGUGGCAAGAUUUAUAACAAUGCAGAGCACACAUGCCAUAUUACAACUGAAUUUUAAAAUCAAAGUGUUGCAUUAAUAUUUAAUUAUGGCUUCUUUACCUAAGCAUUGGGCCAAAAUAAAUAAAUAAAGCAAUGUUUUUAUAAGAAGCUAUAGGAAAAUCUUCCCUUUCAUUGUUGACACCUGUAGAGAGAGACUCUCAAGAAUUAUAAGGUACUUAAAGGGAAUAUGGCCAAUGCAGGAAAUAUGGCAAAGUCUCUGCCAAAUUUUCAAUGGAAAUAUGCACCAAUAGGUUACAAAUAUUGUCCAUGUUAUGUUUAGUGAGACAGUUUCCAGGCUACAUGGCAGUGUGUGCUGUUAGACACGAUUUAUAUGUCGGGAGAACAAAGGAAACGGUGCAACUUAUAACUUUAAAAACAAUUAAAAAAGAAUAAAUAUGUUCAUUUACAUAGAGCCGAAUUGAAAGGGAAAUUUCUGUUCUUUUAUAUGGGAUAACUUGAUUUUAUGUCAUUCUCUGUUAGAUCGCCUUUUGACAGAGAAAAAUGAAGUAUACCAAAUGAAGGUAAUAUGAAAUUAAAAGAAUUUCUAAUGCAGUUAGAUGUAAUGGACAGUUCUGAAUGGAUUUACACUGUUGACAAAAAGGGGUGCAGUUUAUGUCUUCACAAAGAACCAAUGGUCCUAGGCCAAAAGGGAGCAAAAAGAGUUUGCAUUGUUGCCCAUGAGCAUGAGGUAGAAAAUUUCAAUAGUUUCAUUCAUGUGUAAAUUCAAUGGGAACUGAAGGAUCAGACGUCAUGUGUCUUAAUUAUUUGCUUAUAUAUUUGAAUUUGCAAAUUUUUUUAGGAGGAAGGUUUUGGUUGGUAAUGAAGUAUGGCCAAAAGCAUGCUUUAAGAAAAUAAUUAUUUUCUGGUGCACAUGAUAAAAGACAAAGACCACAGUAUUGUUUAAUGUAACUAAAUGAUUUAUAUAGUGGGUGCAGGUACUUGAUUGUUUUAAACCCUUUUUAAUAUGAUGAAAUAAAAAUAGAGAACCCUGGCAUGGCCAUAUUCCAUACCAUACUUUAGUAAUAACACAACCUAUUAGUCUCUUCUUGUGCAUAGUAUUUUCUGGCAUUACAGUACUGAUUUAUAUUAUCUAAAAGUUGUCAGACAGAACCUCAAAAAUGUUCAUUAUUAUCAAUCUCUAAUUUAUAACAAACUUCAUACAAAAUGAUGUUUAUGACCUAUCUGUAUACCAAGCAUUACAUUUCUAGCUGCAGUUGUUCAUUAAUUACUGCUCUCAAGCAGGAAGCUUUAUGUGGUUGCCACAUUGUUUUAUAACAUUCAAGAAGAAAUAAUUUUUAAAAAAUCUGCAUAUUUUUUCAUAAUAUAUAACCAAACAAAAUUCCAUGACUGUACAGCAAUUGUUCCUCUUGUUGCUCUUACUGUAAGUGCAUGAUUCUGUUCUAAUAACUUUCAGAUGUAUAUACAAGUUUUCAUGAGAUUUGGUAUGCUAUUGGAGACUACCUCAGCCAACAUUAUGGCCACAGCAGUUUUAUAUUAGGUUCUUAAUUUGAUGACAAUAUCUAAAGACCCAUAGUAACUAGGAAUGUGAAGUGUGGUGUGGCAGUAGAUCAAAUACAUCCACAAAUCUUGCUUGAAACAUUCCGUGUUGCAUGUUAACACCACUCAACUUUGUGACAGUGCAAUAUUAUGAGGUGAAGUCUGCAACCUUACGGUUGGAGGGAACAUAUGUAUCAAAGUAGAAUACUAAGGAACAUUAUUGUUAAUUAUUUAUAUGUCAUACUAACCUGUCUAGGCAGAUAGAAGCAUAUAAAGAACAUAGGUUUUGUAAAUUCCUCUCUGACAUUCUUGUUUUCUUUCAUCAGUGGCUGUGAAAGGACCAAUGUGGGCCACAUAUCUGAGGUUCCUACUCUAUUUGUGUGAUGUCAGUAGUACUUGUUUAUAGUUUAAGUCCUACAACAUUUAUGUUACUGAAAGUUAUUUUGAAAAAUGUUCAGCAUGUUUAUGAUAUUCAUAUUUUCAUGGUACAGAACUGUAUUUAUUUCUGAACUCUGAAACUAUGAACUCAAGUUGACCACGGUUCUGUACACUCAGGCAAACCUUGUGUAGAGUGCUUUCAUACAGAGCUCUACAGUUUUAUAAUAAUUUUAUUUCAGGAAACUUAGGUUAGUAUAGCCAAUUUCAUUCGAUGUUGUUUAUUUCAUGUAAGUUUUAAAAUGUAAAAUUGUACUCUUCUGCCCAACUUGAGCAGUAUUUCUGACAUUUAUAAGAGGUGUUCAUUUACAGUGUGGUGGUAUCAUUUUGUAUUAUACAGUAAAUUGUGAAUAAGUUGUGGCAUAUAAAUACAGUCCUGAUACAUGAAUGUAUAUCUUAAUAGCCACAGAUGAAAUCUGGCAUUUCACAAAAUUUCUACAAAAUGUGUGAAAUAUUUAAAAACACCUGACCUGUGUGGAAAGUAAUUUGUACUCUGUAUCACAUACUGCUUAGGCAUUGUAUAUAAAUUAUAUAAUGGCCAGGCAGUCUGAAUUGUACAAUUCACCAGUGCCAGAGUAAAGGAGUAUAAGUCUUUAAGUUCAGGAAAUUAAAAACAAUUUUUGGUAAGUUUAAAGAAAUAUAAUCCUACAGUUUAUUCAUGAACAUAAGCUCCAGUUUGCUAAAUUACAGGUAAUUUGAAAUUUUGACUGUAAAGUAGCAGUCAUAUAUCCCUUUUCCCUGGCACCAGCAAAUUAUUGGUUGAUACUAAGUAUUUAUAUUAAUGACAAAAUAAAGAUAAGUAUAUCAUUUAUUA